UAUAAAAAUUUCAAUCAAUUUGUCAUUCAAAGAAUUGAAAUUACGUGCAUGAUUGGUAUGUAUUAAUGUCCUUGUCCCCCUAACUAGGGUACUUACGAUUAAUAAAUUAAUGUAUGUAUGCGAUAGUGGGAGGUACUAUUCACUCGUCCCUCAAAUGCUUAUUUCCUGCAUCGAGUAACUUAACAUCGUAACUCAUUCGUUCACAUAUAAAAGCUAAAACGUUGUGAUAUUUAUCGAUUCAAGAAUCUUAUAAUUAUAUGAAAUUUUUCUUUUAAAGCUUUUUUAUUGUCUUUAAAAUUUUGUCUUUAGAAACAGAAUAAUGGAUGAGAAAGAGCAUAUGCAUUUUACAUUGGAAUCUGUGCGUAAAUUGAUAAUGAAAGAUGAACCUAAUGUGGAAAUUACCAGUUUGGAAGAAGAAUUCGGUUCAGGAAGAGGUGACAACUAUACAUCUAUGUUGUAUCGUAUUCGAGCAAAAGGUCGAAAACAGAUCAAAAAUAAUGAAUGGACCAAUUACGAAUGUGCAAUAAUUUACAAAGUUUUACCCCAAUCAAGGGAACAUCGUGAAGCUUUUAAAAGUGAACUACUAUUUCAAAACGAAGUAGCAUUUUAUACGCAUGUAUGGCCUGCAUUAAAUAAGUUACAAGCAAAUGAUAGAAAAGUUUUUAACGGCGUUGCAAAAAUAUAUGCAGCACAAAUUGAUUUUAUCGCUAUGGAAGAUUUACGAGAAAGAGGUUUUAAAAUGGCAGAUAGAAGAAAAGGAUUACAACUUGAGCAUUUGAAACGAACAUUGAAAGCUUUAGCAGGUUUUCAUGCACUGAGUUUAACUCUUAGAGAAACAAGGCCGGAGGAAUUUGCAAAACUGAUAGAUCCAAGUGAAGGUAAAGGUAUCCAAGAAGCACUUUUUCGAACAGAAAAUGAAAAUUGGUACCGUCAAUACUAUCAAGUUGCUGCUAAGAAUGCUAUCAGAAUGGUAUCUGAUGGUCUUCCUCCUCAUAUGGAAUCCAAAAGAAUCGAAAUAAUGGAAAAAUUACGAGCAUUUCUUAAUGAUGAUGUAUUUUUUCGCACUAUGAGCGAAUUAGUUGCUAUGCAAGGGCCCCUUACGGUUUUUUGUCAUGGUGAUUGUUGGACUAAUAAUAUUUUAUUUAAAGACGAUUUGACUAAAUCAAACGAGGAAGUUGUCUAUUUAAUUGAUUUUCAACUAACUCGAGUUGGUUCACUUGCCCUUGAUCUUGCGAAUUUGUUGUACUGCUGUGCAAGUGGAGAAAUUAGACGAGCGCACAUGACACAACUUCUUCAACAUUAUCAUUUCCAUCUAAUGUCUUCAUUACAUACGCUUAAUCCAAAACAGCCACCAAAAGAUCCAUCUGUGAUGUGGGAACUAUUAAAUGAAGAAAUGCGACGAUGUGGCCGAUUUGGUGUAGGUCUCGCAUUGGAUAUUUUACCAAUUAGUACGUGCGAAAGUGAAGAAGCUCCAGAUUUGUAUGAAAAAUCAGAAAUGAAUAAAGGAAAAGAAAAUACACGAGCACCACCACGAGAAGGAGCUGAAUGUGCUCGACUUAUGACUGAUUUAGUUUUGGAGCUUGUGCAUAAUCAUGCUUUAUAGAUUAAAUUAUAAAAAAUCUUUAUAAAUACUAUUCUAGAAAAUCUUUGUUAUGUUGCUAUAAAAUAAUUAAUUUUAAUGUAAUUAAAUAUGUAAUAUACUAUUUAAUAUAAUGUUAUAUAUAUGCAUAUUAUAAAUUAUAUAAAUUUUUGUCAUUUUAUAUAAUGCAAAAUUUCGUCCAAAAUAUCUAAUUAUAUUAAAUGAAAAUAAAUAAAACAAAUAUUAUUCAAUAUU